CCGGGAAGGAGCAUGCGCGGAAGCCCGGUAGGGCGCGGGCCGCUGACCAUGGCGAAGAAGCGGGGCCAAGACGAAGACCCUGGUCCCAGCCCGUCGGUGCUGUUCCUGCACCCGGACCUGGGCGUGGGCGGCGCCGAGCGGCUGGUGCUGGACGCGGCAUUGGCGCUGCAGGCGCGCGGAUGUAGCGUCAAGAUCUGGACGGCGCACUACGAUCCCGGCCACAGCUUCGCGGACAGCCGCGAGCUGCAGGUGCGCUGCGCCGGGGACUGGCUCCCGCGCAGCCUGGGCUGGGGCGGCCGCGGCGCCGCGGUCUGCGCCUACGUGCGCAUGAUCUUCCUGGCGCUCUACGUGCUGUUCCUCGGAGACGCGGAGUUCGACGUGGUCGUGUGCGACCAGGUGUCUGCCUGCAUCCCAGUGCUCAAGCUGGCCAGACGGCCCAAGAAGAUCCUGUUUUAUUGUCACUUCCCAGAUCUGCUGCUCACCAGGAGAGAUUCUUUUCUGAAACGCUUAUACAGGGCCCCGAUGGACUGGAUAGAGGAAUACACUACAGGCAUGGCGGACUGCAUCUUAGUCAACAGCCGGUUUACAGCUGCCGUUUUUAAGGAAACAUUCAAGUCCCUGUCUCACAUAGACCCCGAUGUCCUCUACCCAUCUCUGAAUGUCACCAGCUUUGACUCUGCUGUUCCUGAAAACCUCGAUGACCUCGUCCCCAAGGGGAAGAAAUUCCUGUUCCUCUCCAUCAACAGAUACGAAAGGAAGAAAAACCUGACUUUGGCACUGGACGCCUUAGGAAAACUGCGUGGAAGGUUGACAUCCCAGGAUUGGGACAAGGUUCAUCUAAUCAUGGCAGGUGGUUACGAUGAAAGAGUGCUGGAGAAUGUGGAACACUAUCAGGAAUUGAAGGAAAUGGUCCAGCAGUCCGACCUUGGACAGUGUGUGACCUUCCUGCGCUCUUUCUCAGACACACAGAAAAUCGCACUCCUCCAAGGCUGUACCUGUGUGCUUUACACACCGAGCAAUGAACACUUUGGCAUCGUCCCUUUGGAGGCCAUGUACAUGCAGUGCCCGGUCAUUGCCGUGAAUUCGGGUGGGCCCUUGGAGUCCGUCGUCCACGGCGUCACAGGGUUUCUGUGUGAGCCUGACCCAGUGCACUUCUCAGAAGCGAUGGAAAAGUUCAUCCACGAACCUUCCUUAAAAGCCACAAUGGGACUGGCUGGGAGAGCCAGGGUGAAGGAAAAGUUUUCCUCUGCAGCUUUUACAGAACAGCUCUACCAGUAUGUCACUAAACUGCUGGUAUAAUCCUACUUUUUAAAGGCCUGUGUGCUGUAUUCAUGAGUAUCAUUUUUUGUAGAUUGUAGCCUCACUUUUGAAACCGAAAAAGAAACCUAGAGUCCAUUGCAGAAGCGAUUAAAAGAAAAACUUGAAUCUUGAAUCUGAGCCACUUUCCUAUGCACAGCACCUUUCCAUCUACUUUUUCAGAAAAAUGAAAUAUCUUUUAUGCUAUAAUUAUUCCACGUGUUCAUCAAAAAACUUCAGUUAUAUUUUCUCUAGGUUAUAGUUGCUUUGCCUUACUUGGCACACUAUAGUUGGAGCGUAUCAUCAUUAAAGUCAAUUAAUUUGGGUUCAUAGCAUAAUGAGAACAGGGUCACCAUACUACCCAAAAUCAGUGCACCUAAGCGUUUACUAUCCUCUGUUUGGAAAUUUUUGUUAGUCAUACCUUUGCCUGGAUCCAUAGCAAAAAUGUUCUGUACUUUUUACAAAGAUGAUUUAUUAUAUUUUUGCACACUGAGAUGUGACAAUAAAAUAUGGUUAUCAUAGGAAAAGAAAGCAUACUAGAUUCGGGCCUCUGUGAUCUGUUUGGUAUUGUUAGGACUGUGGAUAGCCAAGCCUAAAGUCUGAAACUAGAGUAAACCAGAUGGUGAAGUAAGGGGACAUCGUCACUCAUGGGUGUGCCUCUUACGUAUGUUUGCUUUCUUCGUGUCAUCUGAGUCAUCGGCUUUGUUAAUGUUGGUGUUUGGCUAAGUAAGCUCCUACUAGUGUAAGACACAAUUGCUUUGUGUCCUUCAAGCCCUGCCUGAGAUGCCAUGGCUGUGGAGCUUUCCUUGACCCUCCUCUCUCCUCCUUCCUCCCAGCCUGCAUGUGGUCUUCCUCUUUGUGGACCCUACUUUUGUGCCACCGACCAGUCUUACAGUUCCUUACUUACCUGUUGGCCUAAGUACAAAUAAACAUAAAGCACUUUUCAACAUAUCUCUACAGGUAAAUUCUUUUUUUUUUUACCAUUUUUUUUAAUUCUAGCCCUACAUGGGACUUGAACUCACGACCCCAAG